CGUUCAUACACUUCAUGAAAAUCAUUAGAGUUUUCUUGUCGCGGACAAAAGAUGUUCCCACUGAAUACGGUCCUACUCCUCGCCCAUUCAACAUUUGUAUGUGGUAUCCUCAAUAAUCUGGCCUUAGGCAAACCAACUAAAUCUUCAACCUUCACCGAUUACAAAGACAAAGCAGUUGAUGGCAACAGAGAAGCAGCCUUUUCAGGGAACUCGUGCUGGGAGAGCCAAGACGGGGACAUGCAGCCAUACUGGCUGGUUGACCUUCAAAGUGACUUCUUUCUGGAAUACGUUACCAUAACCAACAGAGGGGAUUGUUUUGGUGACCGAAUGCAUGACCUAAAGAUUGAGGUCUUCGCGGAUGAUCCCGUGCUGAACCCAUUGAUUCCCUCACAGCUUUGUGCGAUGUAUGAUGGGCCAAUGCCUGAUGGUGCAACAGAAAAUAUUUCAUGUUCUUGUGCUGCCCAAGGGCGUUAUAUCAGAAUCCGGGGUCUGUACAGACGAUACGCAACGGAUCUACUAACACUGUGUGAAGUUGAAGUGCUAGGCUAUACUAUUAGCCUUGCAACAUAUUGA